AUGCCACCGCUUAAGAAACGAAAAUUGAGCCAUGACGGGCCCUCCAGUGAUGAUUCUCAAUCUGCAAAUUCGCCGACCGGAUCAGAGACCGCUCCCACUAGUGAUGCUGAAGACGAGGUGCGAGCAAAGUCCACCAAGCCGACAACCUUCAAAGAGCUAGGAAUUAUUGACUCCCUGUGCGAAGCAUGCGAGUCUCUUGGGUACAAAGCGCCUACGCCGAUUCAAGCUGAAGCAAUACCGUUGGCCUUACAGGGUCGGGAUAUAAUUGGACUGGCAGAGACCGGGAGCGGCAAGACGGCUGCAUUCGUUCUUCCUAUUCUGCAGGCACUUAUGGAUAAACCGCAACUGCUCCAUUCAUUGAUCUUGGCCCCAACAAGAGAGUUGGCAUAUCAGAUAUCACAGGCUGUGGAGGCUCUUGGUUCCCUGAUCGCAGUGCGCUGUGCCGUGUUGGUUGGUGGCAUGGACAUGAUUCCGCAAGCAAUUGCUCUGGGAAAGAAGCCUCACGUUAUUGUUGCGACACCCGGACGUCUCCUAGAUCAUUUGGAGAACACAAAGGGAUUUUCACUGCGCCAGUUGAAGUAUCUUGUCAUGGACGAAGCCGACCGACUGCUCGAUUUGGACUUUGGGCCAAUCCUGGACAAGAUUCUGAAGAUACUACCAAGAGAAGGCAGAAAGACAUAUCUCUUUUCUGCUACAAUGUCGAGCAAAGUCGAAUCCUUACAACGAGCAUCGUUGUCAAACCCCCUCCGAGUGGCGGUUUCCCAAGACAAAUACCAAACUGUGUCGACGCUGAUCCAGUCAUACCUCUUCAUCCCUCACAAGCACAAAGAUCUCUACCUCGUUCAUGUUUUGAACGAACUUGCUGGUCAGACAGGCAUCAUCUUUACACGGACAGUCAACGAGGCACAGCGGAUCUCGAUCCUCCUCCGGACCCUUGGUUUCUCUGCCAUACCGAUCCAUGGUCAGCUGUCUCAACAAGCGCGACUGGCUGCCCUGAACAAAUUCCGAGCAAAGUCCCGCAAUCUGUUAGUUGCUUCUGAUGUGGCGUCACGAGGCCUCGACAUUCCUUCUGUUGAUCUCGUGAUCAACUUUGAUCUUCCCCACGAUAGCAAAACAUACAUCCACCGAGUCGGGCGUACUGCGAGAGCGGGUAAGAGCGGAAAGGCCAUUUCUUUUGUCACUCAGUAUGACGUGGAGUUGUGGAUGAGAAUCGAGGGUGCGUUAGGUAAGAAAUUGAAGGAGUACGAGACGGUCAAGGAAGAGGUGAUGAUAUUGGCGGAGCGGGUGGGAGACGCCCAACGAGCUGCAGCAUUGGAGAUGAAGGAGCUGCAUGAGAACAGGGGCAAGAAAGGCGCGACGCUGCGACACAAGCGCACGGCAAAAGGCGUGGGCGGAAAGCGGAGGCGAGACGAUAUGGACCAGGAUGAAGGGUAG